GCUUUCUGUUUGAAAGCUGCACGAGUGCGCGGCCUCAGGUCUAACGAGGCUGCGACGUACAUGAGGCGCCUUAGCACAGUAUCGUGCACGGCUUUCUGUUUGAAAGCUGCACGAGUGCGCGGCCUCAGGUCUAACGAGGCUGCGACGUACGUGAGGCGCCUUAGCACAGUAUCGUGCACGGCUUUCUGUUUGAAAGCUGCACGAGUGCGCGGCCUCAGGUCUAACGAGGCUGCGACGUACGUGAGGCGCCUUAGCACGGUAUCGUGCACGGCUUUCUGUUUGAAAGCUGCACGAGUGCGCGGCCUCAGGUCUAACGAGGCUGCGACGUACGUGAGGCGCCUUAGCACGGUAUCGUGCACGACUUCCGAGCGGAACCUGGCUAGUGAUUUCCUAACGCGUUGA